UUCAUGGAUUCACUGAAAUCGAGCAUUCCUCAAGUGGGUUUGCACCGAAACUUCGAUCUCUCUUUUCCCAAUCUGCCUAUGCCCCCAUCAAGGCUAAAAGUUACAUGCGGGUCGAGAAAGAUUGGACCAAGAAAACAAUGUGGAGGUCAAGGGUGUUGUCUCCAGAAGCCAUACAAGCUGUCCAAUCUUUGAAAUUAGCAAAAUCUCCAGGCAAAUUAGCAGAGGUCUUUGCCAAUAGAAUCAGCAGACUCAUGAAGGCUGACUUGUUGGAUACUUUAUACGAGCUGCAAAGGCAAAACGAAGUAGAAUUAGCCCUUCAGGUAAAUUGACAUGAUCCUGAUGUUGGGAAAGAGUAGCAAUAUUGAAAUGGCUGAACAGCUUUUUGGCGAGCUAGAGAAAGAAGGCCUAAGGCCUGACACCAGAACAUACACUGAGAUGAUUGGAGCAUAUUUCCGUAUCAAAAUGAUAGAAAAGGCAAUGGAGUCAAAUGAAUCAAUGAAGGGAUCAGGUUGUGUUCCUGACAAGCUAACAUUCAGGAUCUUGAUAAAGAACCUUGAAAAGACUGGCAAAAAAGAACUUAUAGCUACAGUGAAGAAAGAUUGUCUUUCCUAUAUUAAGUACCCUGAGAAAUUUCUUGAAGAGGUUGAAAAGACAUACCCAAAGCGAAGGUUACUCAACGUUGUUUGAAGAUAUGUAGCAUCUUUCAACCAUGUCCUCCUUUGUGCUACCUUGAAUUUCACAAUCCUUGGAGCUGGAUGAAGCUUGUCACCAUAGCCAGCUACCUUGAGAUAGUUGCUGCCAGCUUAUUGGCAUAUGAGCUGGCAAUUCUCACAUUGACUGGAAUGCAAGGUGAAUUAUUCAAUUUAAUUUAAGCAAUAAUCAUUUUAAAAAAUUUCUACCCUGUAUCAGAUCCUUGCACGAUGGUAGUUUAGGCUCGUAAUCACUAAUUAUGACUUCAUUAAGCAAUUUUGGCAAUUUUGAACUAACUAGGCUGACUAAGUGCCUUGUAAGGUCAUUGCUGUUGGAUUAAUGCAAAUACCAUUUUACAAUAUGAACUCUUUUAGCUACCGAAAAAUUCCCUAAGUUGUAGCAUCAACUCUUGAAAGAUGCUGCUUGUGCCUUAUAAUGUAAUGUAAAUCUCCCAAAAUUUGCAACA